AUGAUAGAAAGUGGAACUACUUCCAGGAUGUCAGGGAUUCUUGGAAAUUCAGGACAAAGUCACCACCCAUCACCACAAGACUACAGGCUGCUGACCACAGACCCGUCCCAGCUGAAUGAGGACGAGCUCCCUGGGGACCUGCAGUCCCUCUCCUGGCUGACCUCCGUGGACGUUCCCCGGCUGCAGCAGAUGGCCACCGCAGGCCGGCUCGACUUCAGCGUGGCCGCCCAGGCCAACCUGCUGGAGCAGCACACAGCCCAGCUGAACAACAUGAACGUGUCCACGGGACAGGGAGCCAUGAUCCACCUGCAGAGCAACAUGCAGAACAGCAUUCUGGGAAUGAGCUCCAUCAGCGGCCACAGCGGGAACAUGACGUCGUACUCCCUGAACGGACAGCCCUCCCCGGGGUUCCAAUCCCACCCCUCCGUCUACCAGGCCCCUCCCCAGCAGGUGUUCACCCUCGCCCAGGCCGGCCAGCAGUGUGCUACCGCAGGUCUCUACGGCAGUGGCUCCUACAGCAACCAGAACCCCUUCGCCCAGACCCGACUCGCCCCUCACAGCAACCAGGACCUGCAGCCAAAGUCCUUUCCCAAGCCCAUCUACUCCUACAGUUGCCUCAUCGCCAUGGCCCUGAAGAACAGCAAGACGGGCAGUCUGCCCGUCAGCGAGAUCUACAGCUUUAUGAAGGAACACUUCCCCUACUUCAAGACGGCGCCCGACGGCUGGAAGAACUCCGUCCGGCACAACCUGUCGCUCAACAAGUGCUUCGAGAAGGUGGAGAACAAGAUGAGCGGCUCCUCCCGCAAGGGCUGCCUGUGGGCGCUGAACCCCGCCAAGAUCGACAAGAUGGAGGAGGAGAUGCAGAAGUGGAAGCGCAAGGACCUGCCGGCCAUCCGCCGGAGCAUGGCCAACCCAGACGAGCUGGACAAGCUGAUCACGGACCGGCCGGAGAGCUGCCGACGGAAGGCGUGCGACCCGGGGGCGACCCGGCUCCCCGGCGGCCACGCCCUGCAGCCCCCGCCCGUGAUGACCCUGUCCCUGCAGUGCCUCCCCCUGCACCACCACCAGCUCCAGGCCCAGGCCCAGGCCCAGGCCCAGGCCCAGGCCCGGCUGGCCCCGGGGUCCCCCGCUCCGGCCCAGACCCCGCCGCUCCACACCGUCCCCGACCUCUCCCACAGCCCCCUCGCCCAGCACCCCGGCAAGCCCCCCCACGAGUUCUACAGCCUGCACGCUGACGCCAACGCCGAGGUCGACACGCUGGACCCCAGCAUCAUGGACUUCGCCUUACAAGGGAACCUGUGGGAGGAGAUGAAGGACGAGAGCUUCAACCUGGAGACGCUGGGCGCCUUCAACAACAACUCCCCGCUGCGGCUGUCCGACUGCGACCUGGGCGCGGCCGCGCUCCCGCCAGCGUCCGCCGGGAGCAGCCUGUCCUUCUCCGACCUGCAGGUGACGGGCCUGUACGCGGCCUACAGCGGGCUGGACAGCGUCUCCUCGCAGUACAUGGGCACGCCGGGCAGCAGUAAGCCCAUCGCCCUGCUCUAA